CUUUGUUUACGUGGUGACGUGUACCGGAAGACAUGCUAGCUAGCCUGGCUGACGGGGGAGCUCUCGCUGUGGGUAUGAAAGACACGUUUGCGGGGUUUUACUAUUAUUUUCUGUUGUUUUUUUGAACCCCCACGACCCGUGUGGACAGAGAUCUACGUUCGCCACUUGCAGAGGUUAGAACAAAUGCGGAACUACAGCGCUAGUGUACGUUUAGCUUAGCUAGUUGUAGCUGUCACAGCCGCUGACACGCCAUCACCACCGGGAUCAGCUCAUCCCUCUGCGGACAGGUGUGAAGCUGCUCUUUGGCCACUGCAACAAUGGCCACCCCAGAUGAUCUCCAGUUUCAAGAGUUUGAGGAAGCGGCAGAGCUGUUGUCUGCAGAUCCAGAGGCCUCCACGCUGAGCCUGUCUGCCUCAGACAACUCUGCUAGAGCAGGAGGAGGAGGGAGCGAGGAUGUGAAACUGGACCUAUCAGACGAUGAGGAGGGUCAGGAGGAGAGUUCGGAGCUGUUGGGUGGACAGAAACCAAGUGGAGGCUUCUGGACCUUUGAGUACUAUGAGUCUUUCUUCAAUGUGGACACUGUACAGGUACUGGACAGAGUGAAGGGAUCAGUGUUGCCGUUACCUGGAAGAAACUUUAUCAAACACUACCUUAGAUCGAACCCAGAUCUAUAUGGUCCAUUCUGGAUCUGUGUGACACUGGUGUUCUCAGUGGCGAUAAGUGGGAACCUGUCUACCUUCAUCAGUAAGAUGGGAGACCCUUCCUACCACUACAGACCACAGUUCCACAGAGUAACGAUAGCGGCAGUAGUGAUCUUCAUGUAUGCCUGGCUGGUGCCGAUUGGUUUAUGGGGUUUCCUCACAUGGCGGCAAGGGACAGAGAGACAGAUUGGAGGCUAUUCCUUCCUGGAGACGGUGUGUGUCUACGGCUACUCCCUUUUCAUCUAUAUUCCCACCUCAGUUUUGUGGAUCAUCCCAUUUGAGUGGUUGCGCUGGACACUAAUCGUGGUUGCCAUGGUGAUCUCUGGCUCAGUCCUGGUCCUCACCUUCUGGCCCGUUGUCCGCGAAGACACCAAGGUGAUGGCUGUAGCCACAGUUGCGACCAUAGUGGUUUUGCACACGCUGCUGGCGAUAGGCUGUAAGAUGUACUUCUUCCAGACAGCCGUCCACACACCAACACCAGCAGCCCCUACAACACCCGCCAUUCACAUUACACUGACCCCCGGACCCCACUGACCAAAGGCAUGAAGCCGCAUUGGCAGGGAGACAUGAAGGCUGUUAUGUCUGGAAUCACAGGCAGACUUAAAACCUUGUUUGGAUGAUCAUCAAUCACGUUGAUAAUUGUCCUUGUAUGUUUUAUUGUAUGCUCCCCUUGUGCGUUGGGAUGGGUGUGUGUGUGUAUGUUUGUAUGUUUAAUUUAUCCAGAGGGUGGUUCUAUCAUAGCUGAAGUAGACCUGCAAUAACUGUACAUUUCUACUGUGAUGUUUCAGGAUGUGCUGCAUGUACAUGGUCUAGAAUGACUUCCCCAACACUGUGACUUCCCUCUUUUUAUCAGCAAGACUGAAACACAAGUUUAAAAGAAGAGAGGAAGUGUAAGAUUGCUAGAGUGGUCAUAAAUCCAUGCUGCUGCCAAUCCCUACUUUUACGGGUGGUCAGAGAGCACAUACCUCAACCAAGGCUAACACCCUAUCUCGCAGCAUUAAAGGUAAACAAAUAAUAAUCCUGGAUCAGCCCAUUUAUUAGUAUCUGCUCCAAAAUACAAUAUAUUUUUCCUUGAGUCAUACCUCACCUCUCCACAAAAUGUCAUGGAACUUGGUUCUGUAGUUUUUGAGUGAUUGCUGACAAACAGCAAUAAAAACCCUAUUGGUGGUGGUAACUAGUUAAUUUGACAAAUUCAUUGUUAGUUUACAAGUGAUGACGAAUCAUGCUCUCGUGACUGUGUGGAUGUUAAUAGUGAAUAAAGCUGUGCACGGUGAAACGACAACUGCAGUAUGUCAUUGAUUUUAUUAGUGUAAUUUCAUGGAUAAUUUAUAAAUCUGAGAAAGCAGAGGAAACAUGGCCCCUGAUUCUUAGUUGUGAAAUUGUGUCUGUCACAGUAAAUCCCACUCACUUCAGCCUCUUCGUGUAGAUUAAGUGCUGAGUUGGUGAACAUGCCAAACAUCAGUACGUUAACUUUGUCACUUUGAAUUUAUGUCAGUAUGAAUUUGUAUUAGCUAAGUUGUGUUAGCGCAGCAUCAUGGGGCCGUCAGCUCAGGUAAAGAAGCUCAUUCUCGUUCCGACCUUGAAGCACCAAACAAAACCUUCUCCUUACUGCAUGAGACCCUAAAACUGAAAAGAUUUACACCUCACCUAACUAAUCUGGCUCAUUUAUUCCCAUGAGGAAGCUAUUCCAGACUGUAGUGAAUGUGUUUGACGAGUGAACACUGGUAGGAGCGUAGCCUCGGAACCUUCACUUUCAAAAGGACUCCAAUUGUGUUGAGAUGAUUGCUGUAAAUUGAGGUUGUCAUGUUGUCAUCACAUUGAUGCAGGUUUGGUUUGUUAAUAAACAGGCUCUCUUCUGCU